GUGCGUUCAGCAGAAGAAAAUCGUCAAAGCUGUUCCUCCUCACUUUCUUUCUUGGAUAUAGCACUCUUUACUUGCUUUGCCAGUUUCAACAAUGGGGGACGAAUCAACCGGUCUCGCUGUAUUUGUGGGCAACUUGCCUUACCGUCUGGAAGAGCAAGAUCUGGAAGACUUUUUCCAUGGCUCCGACGUGAAGAACAUUCGAAUUAUCCGUGACCGGGAAACGGGAAGAGCAAGAGGUUUCGGAUUCGUCGAAUUUCAUGACCAGCGCUCUCUGGACAAUGCCUUGGAGAAGGAUGGCAAAAAUCUGAUGGACCGCCCCAUUCAGGUUCAGAAGUCCCGUCCCAGCCAAGGUGGCUCUCGCGGUGGUGGUGGUGGCGGUGGCUACGGCGGCGGUGGUGGCUACGGCGGUGGCCGCUCUCGUGACGGCGGCGGACGCUCCGGCGGCGGUGGCUACAGCAGCGGUGGCGGCGGCGGAUAUGGUGGCGGUGGACGCUCCGGUGGUGGCGGCGGUGGCUACAGCAGCGGUGGUGGCGGCGGACGCUCCGGCGGCGGUGGCUACAGCAGCGGUGGCGGCGGCGGCGGAUAUGGUGGCGGUGGACGCUCCGGCGGCGGCGGCGGUUACAGCAGCGGUGGCGGCGGUUAUGACCGUGAUGGUGGCCGGGAUAGAAGAGAUGAUGGAUAUAGGGGUAGUUAUGGUGGCCGAUCAGGUGGUGGUGGCGGUGGCCGCUAUUAGGCACUCCUGUGUACUGGUGCACUCACAGCAGCUGCUGCUUGAAUGGAGUUCGCAAGUGUCAUCCUUUACCGGCGGAGCAGUCUUUUUUACUUCUUGGUCGUGUGCCUGUGCAGUCUGGCUACAUUCCUUUGGGACAACUUUUCUUAUUCUUCCUCUGUGAUUACCAACGUAUACUCUGUACUUUCGUAUACCUUUGCCAGUACGGCGUAUGGCUGGAGUCCCUUGCCCUGACCCACCUCUGGUUUUUUGAGAUUCCCAGCUGUGUGUUUGUUAGAACAUUGCAUCAUCAGCGCAUUGCUACCACUGUAGUUUUGUAGGCGAUUUCUCUUCUCAUGCAACUUGAAUCAUUCUGAUUUAUCUCGCCUGGUGCAAUUACAGCAUGUCCGAUGUAGGACAGACUUGUC